UAGUCUGCCAAAUCUAUAUUUUCCUUCCAACCACCACUACCACUAUCAUGUCCUCUUUCUCCAUAGCCAUGGUGCCAUCAUCAUUAUCACAUGAGUUAUAGUCAAGCCCUAUUAGCCUCCUCUUCCCUCAACUUUUCAUCCUUUGUUGUUCUAAAAAAACACAUGUUCAGAUAGAAAAUAAAGCAAGCACCUAAAGUUCUUGAAACCUUUUAAACUGAAUAACUUAAACCAAAGUAAGAUUAUCAUUUUUGGGCUUUCUACUACGAAAAAAAAAAACCUACACAUGUUUCCUGCAAGCAACAAUCAUGAACCUUUUUCCUAUACCUCAAAAACAGUCCUUGAAAGGUCUUUUACAUAUGAUCAUCUAAACCCUAGUACAAGUUCAAGACAAGAAGAUAAUCCAUUUUUCUUGGACUUCCCUUCUCCAUUUCUUGAUGAUCAUCAUGAUGAGUCUCCCUUGAGCCAAAUAUUGCCCCAUCAUGUCAAAGAAGGCAAUUUUACUCAUAUUUCUGGUGAGACAUCAAAGGGGGAAAUGUCUAUUGAGGCUAAAACAUCAUCAAAGAAGAGAAAUCUUAGCACAACGCCACGAAGGAGGACCGGGAAGAAGGAUAGGCAUAGCAAGAUUUGCACAGCUCAAGGCGUGAGGGAUCGAAGAGUGAGAUUAUCUCUUCACAUAGCGCGUAAGUUCUUCGAUCUCCAAGACAUGUUAGGCUAUGAUAAAGCAAGCAAAACCAUAGAAUGGCUUUUCUUCAACUCCAACAAUGCCAUAAAAGAGCUCUCAGAAAACAUCCCACAAAAGGAAUAUAGUGAUGGUAACAAGAUUAAUAUUAAUAGUAAAAGUUCAAGCAGUGAAGGAAAGAGUGAUUCCCUUAUGUCUGAAUGUGAGGAGAACUCAAUCAACGAAGGAAAAGAGAAAGAAAAAAUGAGUGGAAUGAUACAAAAUAAUCCUCAUAAAAGGGAGUCAAGGGAAAAAGCAAGAGCAAGGGCUAGGGAGAGGACCAAAGAAAAAAUGAUGAUCAAAGGUCUUGAAAAGUGCAAAGAAUUGUACGAAACAAACCCUAAUAGUAUCUUUGACCAAUUAGGGCCAUCAAGAAGCAACAGUGCUUUUCCUGAUCAAGAUUCCAAUAAUAAUUCUUAUAAUACAAGUGUCAAUCAAGAAAAGGGUUCACCCCAUGAAGCCAAUUCUCAAUCUCUAGAACAUCAUUAUUUUUCUAACACUGGCAUCAUUCAAAAUUAUUUGGGUGGUGCAACUUCCUCAGCAACUACUGGAGGAUUAGAUUCAGGCAAUUGCUUCAUGAGUUUUCUUGGAAACUGGGAAAUAAACUAUGGUCCAUUUGCAGGUAACCCUAGCUCAAUUUAUUUGGCUAACUCCAGUUAUCAGUUUCAGACUGGGGAUCAAGAAAAGAAUUUAUCCUGCAGACAUCAUAGACCGGAAUAAACUGGAUUUCAAGUUGUACGUGUGCGAUUCUUAUUGUAGUGUCAUCCUCCUAUGUCCACCCUGUUUGAUUUUCUUAUUUUGGUUAAUUUUUGCAAUGUGUUAGAAAUUCUAAUGUUUUGCUUUUGAUGCUUGGUGUGUAGAAAAGGAAGGGAACGCGUUUAAUAAUGAAAUUUAUUGUUUGAUUAUC